AUGAGUACAGAACUUCAAGCCGUCGUUGUUACAGAGCACACAAAGUACUUAGAAGAAAAGUUGCAAGUUCUGGAACCUGUUAUUGAAGCCAUGAAAAAUGCCGUAGAGAAAAGCAAGAUUUGGAUUGAAGAUAAAAAUGACAACCCGUCUAUCACCUACAUCGAGCUACGCCAGCAACUUAAAUCAGCGACAACCACAAUGUUGGACGCAGCGGCACAAAUUUUAAACGAUGACGACAUGGUUUAUGUAGAGCCUGAAUCAAGUACACCAUCGCUGUCUACAUCACUAACUAUAUCAACAGAUACGUCCGACAAUGGCGAGUUGAAAAAUCAAAUCAGUAAACAAGUCAAACACACAGCUGAAAUAUUGACUCGACUAGAACUAAUAGAGACAGCUCUCUCUUCGCUACAAGACACAAAACAAAAGACUGAAGACGAUAUAUCAGAAAUAAAACAAUGGAGAGACAACUUUGUGUCAGAACGAGUUGAUACGGCUUUAAAAACUGAGCAGUUUUGUAGACAAGAGGAAAAAUGUAUUGAAAGCCUUAGAGAGCAAAUAAAUGAACAAGAUAGUAAAGUAAAGGAGCUGAAUAAAGAACUUGAAAGUUUAAAAGUAAAAGAAUCAAAGUCCAACACAGUACUAGAGAAACUAUCUGUAGAUAUAAAAGAAUAUGAAAACACAUUACAUGAAUUAAAUGCAGCGAUGAACGAUAACACAAAUAAAACAGACAGCAUAGCACAUGCAAUUAGAAUUCAUUGCUCAAUUAUUUCUCUUUUCCAAGACGAUGUUCAGCAAAAUAUUGUGAAAACAACUUGCAAGCUUAAUGAUUUAUUUUCAAAGCUCAAAAGACAAGCGAGUGGUGUUACAAAGCUCGAGAAUCAACUACAUGAUAUGUCAGCGUUCAGUAGCCAAGUAUGUGAUGUUUUGAAACUUAAACACCGAGUACAUGAUAUUUUAAGGCUGUUAACAGACUUUAAAAUAACUGAAUGUCGUGCCUGCCAACCUUACAUCUGUCAACUCCACCUGGACAACAACACACCUGUGACAACUGGGUCCAUUCUUGCAACAUUCUAUUAUGUGUGGGAACCAAACGGCAGACAUUUUGAUCAGACCACAGGAAAACUUGUAGCACCAGAUGACGGUUUAUACCUCGUCACUGUCACCUUACUGGAAGAUGAGGAUCAUUUUAUCAAAGUUGCCGUGUUUUUGGGCGAUGUUUUAUGCAAUGAAAUUUUUGUCAAAUCUGCCUUAACAUCAGCGUGUGGGUCGACGGUUGUUCCCAUGAAGAAAGGGGAAGAACUUUUCUUUAGAGUGGCUCAAGCGGAUGUGGGGGCUAAGUUACAGGGUGGGAGUGGUUUUACCAUUGUUAGAUUAUAAACUUAAUGUCUUCUUUUAGAUGGUACGAACAUGAUAAUUAAUUAAUAAACAUUUAAUUAUUAGUUCGAUGACAAACGGAUGACAUAUUUUCGCUUUGGAUGAUACGGAAAUGACAGCUGGUAUAUUUAGAAAACACGCAUAUGUUAGACAAUAUAUUUACUGUCGAAAGAUGCAUGAUAAAUGUUAGAAACCAUGGCACAUAAUGCAUACUUUUUGAUUUAAUUUCCAUAACAUAUUUCGGAAUGUAUUUUAAUAUUUAAUAAUUAGUUAUUAGGUAAUUUAUUGGUGUGCUUAAAUCUGAUAUACAUACUGUAGAUCUACUGUUGUCCUACCUCGGGAUAAUUUAUAUUAUACUAAAACAUGAUUUGGUUAUUUGCUACAUAGGGUCUACGAUACAACGACAUUGUUGCAAUAUUACAGCGAAACGUGUCGAAAUUAUCCAUCUAGUAUUACAUUUUGUAACUAAGUUAA